AUGAAUAGUGAUAGUACAAAUAGUUUUAAUAAUAGCAGUACAGAAACAGUUAUAAGCGAAAUAAGUUUUAAUAGUUCUUAUAAUAAUAAAGAUAACAUAAAUAAUAAAAUAGUAGACGAUCUAGAAAUAUUAUCCAUAAAGUUUUUUUCAAUAACUGAAAGAUUAAAACUAAAUAAUAAAAAACUUCAAAUCUCCAUAGAAGACACCAACAAUAUAUCAAACCAAUUAUUAAUAAUAGAAAAUGAUAAUAUUAAUUUCGAAAAAACAAUAAAAAAAAUAGAAGUAAUACAAAAACAAUUAGAAUUAUUAACAAAUGACGAGUUAAAAGAAGAAAAUGAAUUAAAAUUAAAAAGUCAACAAUUAGAAAAUGAACUCGAAGAAAUAAUAAAAAAAAGAAAUGAAGAAAGAAAAUAUUACUACGAUAGGGUUAAAGACUUUGAUUGGUUUAUUGAAUUCUAUACAAACCCAAUUAAUAUUAAAGAAACAAAAAAUAUUCAAAAACUGAAAAUACAACAAGAAUCAUUGGGUUAUUUAAAGGAUUUGUAUAUGAAAAUUGGCCAAAAUGAAACAAUUCAAAAGAGAUUUGAAUGUGAUUAUGGAAAUUAUAAAAGAAAAUUAAAAGAUUUAGAAGAAAAUAAAAAAAGGAAAAAUAUUGAAAUUGAAAACUAUAAUGACAAAAUUCAAAAACUAAAUACUGGUUACUUUAUCUUUGAUGAAGAAUUAUUAUCAAUGCAAAAUAAAAUUAAAGGUUUAAAAAAUUCAAGUUCAAAUCAACCAUCAAAUACAACAAUAAUAACAAAAAACAAUAGUAUUAAUAACAAUAUGAAUAACAAUAGUAUUAAUAAAAAUUUAAAUAAUAAAACAAAUCAAAAAUGUAGUUUGGGGAUAUCAAAACCAACUUUACCAACUGUAAAACAGUUUUUAAACAAUACACAACAACACCAACACCAACACCACCAACAACAACAACAACAACAUAUAUCACUGACACUUAAACCACCAAUUAGAAGUAUUAAUACAUCCACAAACUACAAUAGCAAUAAUAAGACUACAAACAAUAACAAUAAUAACAAUAAUAACAAUAAUAAAGGGGAACAAAUGGUUGGGCCAAUUCAAAGAAAUUUCAAUAAUAUAUAA